AUGGUUUCGAGCUAUACCAUUCGCCCAACCUCCACCAUCCUCUACAGCGAAGAUUCCUUCAUCUCGAUCAACCGAGCCUCCACACCAAAGAUGCCUCAAAUCCAGGUCAUCGUCCCUUCGAUUCCUGGAUCUCAUGACAGAAACAACCGUCCAAACCUGCCCUCAGUGGAACGAUCCCCCGUCCAGCAACCCAUCGACGCAUCCUCUACAACGUCAAGCCUCUGCACCUCCAUCCGCAACCGCGCCUGUGUUCUCAGCGAGAGUGAGAUCAGCGUUCUUGAUCUGGGCCCUGGGCUUGCCCCUGACUAUAUGAGGAACUCAGAGUAUGCGAGACUCUUUGCAGAUACCACUGAGGAAGGGCCGGAGUCGUUCAUGCUAGCUCCGUCGCACUUGACGGAGGCGCUUGUGCCUGAUGCUCCUCUUCAGCGACGCCGGGCCAAAGCUAUGCCCGCUACUCGGCCUUCUGUUCCACGGUCUGAGGACUCUGACUCGGUCGCAGUCACCUCCGACAGCAUGUCCUUCAGCAACGAACACCCGCUUCGUCUUCGGGACCGUCGACACAACGACAUUAGUAUCCGUGCACACUCAAAAAAAUCCCCCGCUGCUCGGCACACCCGAUUCAUGGGGUAUGGAUAUGGCUAUGGAGGGUAUGGACAGGACCAGUUCUUCAUCCUAGCUGACGAGGAGCCAAACUGCGAACCUCGUGCCCUCUCCGUCCCACAGUCUCCCAGGUCGUCGUCUCCUUCAUGGCCGGCUGUUCAUCGCUCCAAGAGUUCGCUUGGGGGUAUGUACCCCGAGAUCCUGGCUUUGCGAUAUGGCCUUCCAGCCCCUGUAGGCCGGCAAGAGGAAGAGGAAUUGUUUUCGGGGGUGGUUCUGGAUGACGAGCUCAUUGAUGAUUCGGAUGACUGGUUUUGA